ACUCAGGCGACUAACUGUACGCAGGCAAAGUUUAGGAAACUUAAGAAAAAUAGUGUUUAGGUCCUUUUGGUAUCGUAAGAUUCUAAUAUCAUGAUGUCUUAUUCAGUAAUCUAUCACUAACAAAUGAGAAAAAAUGGAGAUAUUUUUGAGUGCUUGAAAAUUUGUGAUUCUUAUUCGCUUGGUUGUCAUAUCAAGCAAUGGUCUUAGAUAUAUAGAACUGGGUUGAUUAUAAAGCUAGGGAGUGAUAUUGACUGACAGAUAGUGGAAGUUUGUGUGGGGAAGAGCAGCGGUACCCAGCGGGCCAGCAAGCAGUGAGCCACCGAAUAAGAGACAGGAGACAUGCAGGUUUUAGCGUGCUUCGUACUAGCGGGUGUGGUGGCCUUCGGAGCGGCGGUUCUAAUGGAGUGCCCGCGGGAGUGCACCUGUCAAGAGGCGCCACUGAGAGCCGCAUCCUUCGUGCUCACCUGGAUGACGUCAUGGGGCGAGGAUGAUUUGCCGGAGAUCCACCCUAAUGAGGUGGGCGAGCCUAGCGACCUUGUCAACUCCCAGACGGCGGCCAGUGCAGGUGUCGACGUCGACGUGGUAGGACUCCACGCCACCUGCGCCCUUACAAGAGAUACUAACCUCACCUCCCUCCUGCAAACCCUGCCCUCCAGCACCAUGGUACUGACGCUACUACAGGCAGCAGGGAGCGAUUUGACAGUGGUGGAGGCGAAUCACUUGAAACCUUUGUCGGAGCUUAGGGCGCUGCAUCUCCAAGGCUAUGCUAGAAGAAAAACUGUGCAGGUGUCUGGCUACUUCUCCAAUCGUGUGGAGGAGAUGGUGGAGCACAAAAAACUGUCAGCGGAGAGGGAAGAAGAGGAACAAAAUUUGCGGCUGGCCUUGUCUGAGGAUGCUUUGACUCCCCUAAGAGGUCUGCAGCUUCUUGACUUGCAGUAUGUCCGCCUGGUGGCUGCCUUGGAGGGUGGGCGGCUAAGAAGGGACAUUGAGCCGCUCUCCACCACCACUGUACUUGACAUGCACUUGCCACACUUCCUCGCCAUAGCUAAACAGCUGGAAGAUUUAGAUAUUCCUUCAGAGGUGUUGUCGAAACUGCCAGUACCGCCGUUGACUGAUGAGGAAGGCUCGGAAGUAGAUAUUGUGUUGCUGGACGAGCCUUCAGACGAAGUAGUGCCUUACGACGUGUUUAAGACAGAAAACAAAGUGGUGCUAGCUCCUUUCUUGGGUCAGACACAUCUGAAAUAUCUCCGUCUAGCUCACGCAAAGCUGGAUCGAGUAGGACCUGAACUGUUAACGGGGCUCUCUAGCCUCCACACCCUCACACUUGAACACAAUCACAUUAAGGUGCUUCCCGCGGCCAUGUUUGCUCCCACGCCGCACCUCCACCACCUUUCCCUGGCUCACAACAACAUCCUCACACUGGAAGGUGACAGUCUGGCAGGCCUCGAUGAGCUGCUCACCCUUGACCUUGACAGCAACAAACUAGACAGGAUUGGACCUGGCACCUUUCCACGCCUCCCGAACAUAGCUACUCUUCGACUCCUUGAAAACCCCAUUGAACACGUGUUUCCAUUCACUUUCACUAGUGUUAAUUCCACGGAAACGCUAUUGUUAGGUGCCCGUGAUGUAGCCGCCGAGAUUCAUGUGGAUACAUUCCGAGAGCUCAAUGAUUUGAAGAUCCUCCAGAUUGAGAACACCUCCUUGUCCUCGCUGAGUCGUUCCCUCCUUGAAGGCAUGCCUACCCUCAGAGAAUUGACUAUUCACGGCCAUGUCCCUUCCAUUGACUUCGAUGCUUUCACGUCCACCCCUGACCUCGACUCCCUCAACCUGGAUCAUUGUCAUCUGACGAAGCUGUCGCUCGACGCUUUCUUUGGCCUAGAUAAACUGCGUUAUCUCGAUUUGAGCCACAACGACUUGAAUGAACUUUCUCCUGGAACUUUCGACCACUUGGCGAGCCUGAGGGAGCUGUAUCUAAAUAAUAACAAUUUGACCACCUUGCCACCGGCCAUCUUCCUGCCUUUGCCCGCCAAGCUCAUCCAAGUGCAGCAGAACCCGUGGCACUGUACCUGCGACCUGCGACAACUGCGACCUGCGCUAACAAAUAAGGUGCGGGCGAGAGGAUAUACCACAUGUCGCUUCCUGGAACGCUCGGGAAUGGUGUGCAGCCAGCCAGACCCUCCUCGCCUCCGCUACGAUUCCAGAGUAGCUCCACUAUGUGCCACACCUGAACAUUACCGCCACAGAAGUGUCUUCAAGGUCACCGCUCGUCGCCUCAAGUGCCCAAGGCAUGUGUGGGACCCACGGCCACCACUCCGCCCCACCCCUAGUCUUCCAGUUGAAAUACCAAAGCCAAAAGUGGACAUUGUAAAGUUGGACACACCAGUUACGGAAGAACACAGUUGGAUUCCCCUCAUUGACUUCUCUGCUCCUCCCCACAAGGCGAAAGAUUUAUUAGAAAUUGCAGAAGCUGAGAUGCCAGAGGGUGCCUACGCUCCACUACCCGAGGAAGAUGUGGUGGUGGAAGAGCUGGAAGUAGAGGUGGCUGUAGAGGAGGAGACGGAAGAAAGGGGAGAGGAGGAGGAAGAAGAAGAACAAGAAGCAGUGGAGCUUAUCGAGGAAAUUGAAGUGAGCGAGAGAGAGAACACGGAGGACAUUCUGACAGGAGACCAGGAUCUACAUCCCUUCGACGUGGCAGGGAGGUUUGUCAGAAGGCAAAGAGAGAGAUACCGCCAGGAAAAACAGGAGAUGAAGAGACAAAUGGCAGAGGAGCAGAGGAGGCGACUUAAAGCCCGACACGCCCUCAAACAGCGACAUUGGAACAGGCUAGCAGAUGAUAAAAGAAAGUUUAGGGCACAGAUGGCGGCAGAGCGGCAAAGGCUGUUAGAGAAUAGAGAAAAUGCAAUGAAUGAAUUCAUGAAAGGACAACAACAUGCUAUAAAGUAGUUUGAUGGUUUAACACUGGUCCCCUUUUAAUCAUACACGUGUCAUGGCCCAUUCAUCUCUCGGGCCACUUAUAAAACAUGCCAUCAAACACACAUCCUCUUCAUAUCCUCUUCCAGCUUAUUUCCUUUAUUUUUUUUCCUACGCUGUUUUUUUCCCUCAUAUCGAAAACAAAGAAUACUCAUCUUUUAUUACCACAUUUAUGUAUAUUGUAAAAAAUACUUUUGAAAUAUUAUAAACAUAUGCAUGAUGUAAAUCAUUUUUUCGUCGAGUACUGGUAUGCGUUAUCGUUAGUCUAUGAAUUGAUAAACUUCAUUUAAUUAUAGAAGUUUACUAUUAUUUCUAUGAAAAGGAAACACAAAUUUUAGUAAUAUAACGAGGUAACAAGUUUUAUCAGUAAUGUUGUGUAUUUUUCUAAAUUCUUAUUUUUAUCUUAAUAGGGAAUGUAAGCUAACUAGUGGUAUAUGUUUUUGCACAUUGGUCGUAAUAAAAGUUAGUAAGA